CGGUAAACAGCAUCGCGAACAAGUUGGAUUCUGAUCCAAGCACUUACAUGAGAACGUAUUAAGGCGAACGCAAUAACGUUUCUUGCAAAUUGUGUACCUUAAGUGCGAAUAACGACAGUAAAUUAGUAUUACAGCUGAUUGAGAAAACUUUAAUGAGAUGGUUCAAAGCCUUGACCCAUGUCUGCUGUAAAUGACCAUGUAUAAAAGAAGAAAAGUUCAAACACUUAUAAGAUUCUAUAACAUGAGUGUCGUAAUAAAUAAUAUUAAUCUCAUAUAUUACUUGGCUAAGACAUUAAUGUCACACAGUUCAGAGUAUCUAGUGGCAAUAAUUUUUUUUCAUUAUAUAUAUAUUAAAUUUGAUAAACUUUUAAAAAUGAAAUGUCAGAUUCAGUCUGUUACAGAUAAAACUUUAAAAAAGUUAUUCAAUUAUACAGAGCAAUUAAUUUAUAUUGAUUGUUACUCAUGUGCCUUUGGAAAUCCAACAUUCAUAGGAACUACUGUUCCGCGCUGGUUCUAUAUUGUAUCAAUGGAACAUAAUGAAAAAUAUAAGAUUUUUAUCAUACCAUUACCAAAUGUUAAAAGUCAUAGUUUAAUUGUUUCUGAAUCUACAAGAUUUAAUAUAGAAAACACUUUACAUACAAAUAGAACGUCGUAUUAUUUUAUAUUUCCAUGGCUGGAAAAUGUACCAAAAUUUGCAAAAAAAGCUACAGUAAGCGUUAUUGCAAAUCCUUAUGAUCGUUCAAAUGACUUAAUUGAUACGCUUCUGAGCAAUUAUUUUUCUGAACCACGUUACCUUCGAUCCAAUGACAUAUUUUCCAUCAGCAUUCGGGAUUAUGCACCUGAUUAUUUCUACUUCUCGUUAAAUCCCAAUGCCAAUGUCGUCUUCUUUAAAAUUAAAACUAUAAAGGUUAACGAUUCUUUUAACAACAGCGAUGGCUGUUACAUUGUUCGAGAUAAAACAACUCUUUCUCAAGAAGUAAAUGUUCACAGUCACCUUCCUCAAAAACACAGUCUUGAUUUUUCUGAAGAAUUACUUCUAAUGUUUGACACUAAUAAUGAAUCUGAACAAUAUUUAUGUUAUAACUAUCCCCCGUCACUCCAUCAAGUACUGGAAAAUCUUGAAUCUUGUAUCUUACCUUUUAUACAGAAAGAUGUGCCUAUGGAUAUGAGACCUGUAUUUCUUGUGGAAGGACGAACUGGUAGUGGAAAAUCUAGAUUAAUUCAAACCGUAGCUGAAAGAAUGGGUGUAAAUCUGCUCAAUGUUGAUUUCGCAGAAAUACAGUCAUUAACAGCUGCUCAAACAGAAGCUAAACUACGAAUAGUGCUACAUAAAGCAGAAAACUGUGUACCUUGUAUAUUAAAACUGAAUAAUAUUCAGGUGUUUGGAAAAGAUGCAGAAGGUCAAAAAGAUGAGCGAACAAUAUCAGCCUUUGCUACCGAAUUGAAAAAAGCGUAUGAUAAAAAUCUGGAAUAUCCGUUAAUAAUUAUAGCUACGUCAGAUGCUUCAGAAAUUCCUGCUGAUCUACGGCGAAUUUUUAUUGAAUCAAUUAGCUUAAAGAAUCUAGACCGAAACCAAAGAACAGAAACAUUGCUUUGGCUACUAGCAAGUAAAUGUUUAAAGUAUGAAGCAAACAUAUCAAAAAUUGCUGGAAUGUGUUCAGACUUUGUAUUAGCAGAUCUGGAAGCUCUGAUAUUACACGCAGUAAAAACAAGAUACAGGCUGAUGACAAAUACCAAAGAAUAUUCAUCAAUAUCAUUGUUACAUGAUGAUUUUGUCAAUGCUUGUGAAUACAUGCAGACAAUGUUUUCUGAUCAAAUUGGUGCACCGAGGGUACCUACAGUUCAUUGGGAAGAUAUUGGUGGACUGGCAGAUUUGAAACAGGAAAUAACACGAAGAAUCGAAUUGCCCCUUUUGAAUACAAAAGGUUUUGGUCGUUCAGGAUUACUUCUGUAUGGUCCACCGGGUACUGGGAAGACAUUACUGGCAAAGGCUGUAGCGACAGAAUGUCAGCUUCACUUCUUAUCAGUAAAAGGACCAGAGCUAUUAAACAUGUACGUUGGACAGAGUGAGAAGAACGUUCGCCAAGUUUUUGAAAAGGCAAGGUCUGCGGCACCCUGUAUAAUAUUUUUCGAUGAGCUCGACUCAUUGGCGCCGAACAGAGGACGGAGUGGAGAUAGCGGUGGAGUAAUGGACCGAAUUGUGUCUCAGCUUCUUGCCGAGAUGGAUGGUUUAGAAAGUACUGGCAGUAUUUUCAUUAUUGGUGCUACAAAUAGGCCGGAUCUCAUCGACCCUGCUCUCUUGAGACCCGGCAGAUUCGAUAAGAUGCUCUACGUGGGAAUUUACUCGGAUCGUGACUCCCAGCUUAGUGUUCUUCGGGCACUCACCCGAAAAUUUAAAAUGGAAAAUGGUGGAAAGGAAUUGGAGAAAAUUGUCGAGCAGUUGCCAGUUAAUUUGACUGGGGCUGAUUUAUACGCUGUCUGCUCAGAUGCUUGGUUGUUGGCUGUACGCAGAAUUUUUACCAAUAAUGCAGAUCAGAAAUACUUCAGGGAAGCAGCUUUCAAGGAACAUGUUGACUUCAAUGAUGGAAUAACCGUUACGUUGAAAGAUUUCUUGGAGGCUAUAAGAAAUCUGGCACCUUCUGUCAGCCGAGAAGAAUUGAAACGAUAUGAGAAAUUACGAUUACAAUUAUCGUCCAGUUAAUUAUUUUGCAAAUUGUAUAUAUACCAAUCUGAUGUACAAUGUGUAUAUUAUAAAACAGAAGAUUUUUUGAUACUGUUCUGAAUUUCAUUAAAAGUAUACUAUGAAUUAA